UGGCACACACUAUGCCACGGGGCCUGGCUGCUCCUUUACUCCUGCUAAUCCUCCAGGGAGUUUGGGGCUGCCUGGACCUCACCUGCUAUGCUGACUACCUCAAUACCAUCACCUGUAUCCUGGAGACUUGGAGCCCCCACCCCCGCAUACUCAAUCUCACCUGGCAAGAUGAAUUCGAGGAACUUCAGGACAAGGAAACCUCCUGCCACCUGCACAGGUCGGGCCACAAUGCCACGCAUAGGAGGUACACGUGCCACAUGGCCUUGGCUCAGUUCGCGCCCGAUGAUAUUUUCACCGUCAGCGCGAUGGACCAGUCUAGCAACAGCUCCCAAGAGUGUGGCCACUUUGUCCUGGCUGAAAGCAUCAAGCCAGCUCCCCCUUUCAAUGUGACCGUGACCUUCUCAGGACGCUAUCAUAUCUCCUGGCAUUCAGAUUAUGAAGAAGCCUCUGGCUACAUGCUGAGGGGCAAACUACAGUAUGAGCUGCAGUAUCGGAACCUCGGAGACCCCUAUGCUGUGAGGCCGGUGACCAAGCUGAUCUCAGUGGACUCAAGUACCAUUUCCCUUCUCCCUGAAGAAUUCCACAAAGACUCUAGCUACCAGCUGCAGGUGCGGGCAGCACCCCAUCCAGGUACUACAUUCAGAGGGACCUGGAGUGAGUGGAGUGACCCGGUCAUCUUUCAGACCCAGACUGAGGAGCCCAAGGCAAACUUGGACCCUCAACUGCUGCUGCUCCUCCUGGUUGUCUUGACCCCUGUCCUGGUUUUCAUGGGUCUGAAGAUCCACAUGCCUUGGAGGCUGUGGAAGAAGAUAUGGGCACCAGUGCCCAGUCCUGAGAGUUUCUUCCAGCCCCUCUAUGGGGAACACAGCGGGAACUUCAAGAAAUGGGUGGAUACCCCUUUCACGGCCUCCAGCCUGGAGCUGGCACCUCGGAGUCCCACAGCAACCCCAGUCCUACAUCUGUCAUCAAACCCAGCCAAGGGGAAGAAGUCCCUGGGCCUGGAAGAACAGCUGGAAUGUGACGGAAUGUCUGAGCCUGGCCACUGGCCCACAGUCCCCUCGGCAGAGACACCCUACAGUGAGGAGAGAGACCGACCAUAUGGUCUGGUGUCCAUUGACACAGUGACGGUGGGGGAUGCAGAGGGCCUGUGUGUCUGGCCCUGUAGCUGUGAGGAUGAUGGUUACCCAGCCCUGAACCUGGAUGCUGGCCCAGAGUCUGUCCCCGGUGCAAAGGAUCUGCUCUUGGUCGCGGGCACUGCUUUUCUGUCCUGCGGCUGUGUCUCGGGUGGGGGCCUCAGGCUGGGAGGCUCCCCAGGCGGCCUCCUGGACAGGCUGAGGCUGCCCCUUGCCGAGGAAGGGGACUGGACAGCAGAGCCACCCUGGAGAACUGGGUGCCCAGGAGGGGGCUCUCAGAGUGAAGCAGGCUCACCGCCCGGCCUGGACAUGGACACUUUCGACAGCGGCUUUGCAGGUUCAGACUGUGGCAGCCCUGUGGAGAGUGAUGAAGGGCCCCCUCGCAGCUAUCUCCGCCAGUGGGUGGUCAGGACCCCUUCCCCUGAGGACAGUGGAGCCCAGGGCAGCUAGCAUACAGUAAGCAGAUGUAAUGAGAAGAGGCCAGAAUCCUGUGGUCUCUGGGUGUGCCUCUGAGCCUGACAUUUACAGCGUGAA